CGGUUCCCUCUCCGGGGAGCGGCGGCGGACGCGCGGCUCCCACCCCUCCCCUCUCACGGGCUCUCCCCUCCCCAGUGUGGCCGCGACCCUACCCUCUGCAAGGCGAUGGCCCGCGCCCCGAGCGCAGGCUAGCGUGCCUGGGUGCCCGGCCAUGGGCUGUAUCGGCUCUCGGAGCCCGGCGGGUCAGGGUAAGAGGCGGAGGCCGGGUACGGGUUGGGGAGUCGGGCUGCGGCCGCCGGUGCGCGGGCCGCGGGUGGGUGGGGGCCUUGAGGAGGGGGCCGGUGUCGGGAGAGGGAGGAGCCUGCACCGGGAGGCGGGCCAGGCAACAGGAGGGAGCGGGAAUGAGCAGGGAAGGGGCCAGACCGACUCCGGUUCGCUCCCACGGCCUGCCUGCCUUGGGGUUUUGCAGGGCAGACGCAUGGUCUCGCCGCUGGCUGCCGUGUGCCCACUGCUCAGGGUGUCCGGAGACGCACAGCCCCGGGAGGGGCUGGGCAGCCCGAUGCCCCCACCACUCCAGCCCUCGGCGACUGGCCUUGCGCGCCCACACACACACUCCCCUCCGCCUACACCUCUGCCUUCACCGUCCUGGGAGUGGCCCUGUGCUGGGAACCUGCUUCUCCCAGCCGUGUCCCCAUCUUCUUAAAGAGGUAGCCUUUCGGUCCUGGCUAAGCACCCUACCACAGAAUUUUUGUCGGACAUUGACUCCCCUCUUCAGUCAGUCGGCGAAGGGGGACUGAGGUCCCGUCUGGGGCACCUGUGAACACUGAAUCACCUCUCACCUAUUACAGUUGUUUUAAUGUCCUGCCCCCACUCAGCAAAAACAAAUCACUCUACUCUGUGGAGGGAAAGAGGAACCCAGAGGCAGGCCAUCAGGGCUUCCUUCCCACAGUGCUGACCCCUGCCUGGGCCUCGGUUUCCGUGGGUGGCCAUGCACACCGGGCCUGGCCGUAGUCCUGUGCAUCAGAGGUCGGCCAGCUUCCUUUACUCCGGUGUGGUGGAUUUCUCGACGCAUAAGGCAAGGCAGGACUGGGUUUGGGAUGGGUCCUGGACCUUCAGGGCAGGUGGUCAGUCACACAGGCCUUGGUGUGGUUGGUACUUGAUGUUCUUUGGAGCUAAGACUGGCUGAGAUUUGUACUUCCCUUGAGGAAUUCUGGGAUUUGUAGUCCUGAGUUAACCUCGUGGCUUUUGAAGCUGAGGAGCAGCUGACUGCUCUGAUCUCUCUGGCCCUGCCAAGGCUUGGAGUUCAGGAAGUCAUCACCUUCUCUUGUCAGGGCAUUUCUGGGGACCAACAGCUGGCCGAGGCUCAGGGAUAGAGACGGCUGCUCCAGCUAAAGUGUCCUCGGACCCCGCUUGGGCUGUGGAGUGGAUCGAACUUCCUCGGGGUCUCUCUCUAUCCUCUUUGGGAUCUGCUCGAACCCUCCGAGGCUGGAGCAGGUCCUCCCGCCCUUCCUCGGUGGACAGUCAGGACUUGCCAGAGGUGAAUGUUGGAGACACAGUCGCGAUGCUGCCCAAGUCCCGGCGAGCCCUAACUAUCCAGGAGAUCGCUGCGCUGGCCAGGUCCUCCCUGCAUGGUAUUUCCCAGGUGGUGAAGGACCACGUGACCAAGCCUACCGCCAUGGCCCAGGGCCGAGUGGCUCACCUCAUUGAGUGGAAGGGCUGGAGCAAGCCAAGUGACUCACCUGCUGCCCUGGAAUCAGCCUUUUCCUCCUAUUCAGACCUCAGCGAGGGCGAACAGGAGGCUCGCUUUGCAGCAGGAGUGGCUGAGCAGUUUGCCAUCGCGGAAGCCAAGCUCCGAGCAUGGUCUUCGGUGGAUGGCGAGGACUCCACUGAUGACUCCUAUGAUGAGGACUUUGCUGGGGGAAUGGACACAGACAUGGCUGGGCAGCUGCCCCUGGGGCCGCACCUCCAGGACCUGUUCACCGGCCACCGGUUCUCCCGGCCUGUGCGCCAGGGCUCCGUGGAGCCUGAGAGCGACUGCUCGCAGACCGUGUCCCCAGACACCCUGUGCUCUAGUCUGUGCAGCCUGGAGGAUGGGUUGUUGGGCUCCCCGGCCCGGCUGGCCUCCCAGCUGCUGGGCGAUGAGCUGCUUCUCGCCAAACUGCCCCCCAGCCGGGAAAGUGCCUUCCGCAGCCUGGGCCCACUGGAGGCCCAGGACUCACUCUACAACUCGCCCCUCACAGAGUCCUGCCUUUCCCCCGCGGAGGAGGAGCCAGCCCCCUGCAAGGACUGCCAGCCACUCUGCCCACCACUAACGGGCAGCUGGGAACGGCAGCGGCAAGCCUCUGACCUGGCCUCUUCUGGGGUGGUGUCCUUAGAUGAGGAUGAAGCAGAGCCAGAGGAACAGUGACCCACAUCAUGCCUGGCGGUGGCAUGCAUCCCCCGGCUGCUGCCAGGGGCAGAGCCUCUGUGCCCAAGUGUGGGCUCAAGGCUCCCAGCAGAGCUCCACAGCCUAGAGGGCUCCUGGGAGCGCUCGCUUCUCCGUUGUGUGUUUUGCAUGAAAGUGUUUGGAGAGGAGGCAGGGGCUGGGCUGGGGGCGCAUGUCCUGCCCCCACUCCCGGGGCUUGCCGGGGGUUGCCCGGGGCCUCUGGGGCAUGGCUACAGCUGUGGCAGACAAUGAUGUUCAUGUUCUUAAAAUGCCACACACACAUUUCCUCCUCGGAUGAUGUGAACCACUAAGGGGGUUGUGACUGGGCUGUGUGAGGGUGGGGUGGGAGGGGGCCCAGCAACCCCCCACCCCCCCCAUGCCUCUCUCUUCUCUGCUUUUCUUCUCACUUCCGAGUCCAUGUGCAGUGCUUGAUAGAAUCACCCCCACCUGGAGGGGCUGGCUCCUGCCCUCCCGGAGCCUAUGGGUUGAGCCGUCCCCCAAGGCCCCCUGCCCAGCUGGGCUCGUGCUGUGCUUCAUUCACCUCUCCAUCGACUCUAAAUCUUCCUCUUUUUUCCUAAAGACAGAAGGUUUUUGGUCUGUUUUUUCAGUCGGAUCUUCUCUUCUCUGGGAGGCUUUGGAAUGAUGAAAGCAUGUACCCUCCACCCUUUUCCUGGCCCCCUAAUGGGGCCUGGGCCGUUUCCCAACCCCUCCUAGGAUGUGCGGGCAGUGUGCUGGCGCCUCCCAGCCAGCCGGGCUGCCCAUUCACGCAGAGCUCUCUGAGCGGGAGGUGGAAGAAAGGAUGGCUCUGGUUGCCACAGAGCUGGGACUUCAUGUUCUUCUAGAGAGGGCCACAAGAGGGCCACAGGGGUGGCCGGGAGUUGUCAGCUGAUGCCUGCUGAGAGGCAGGAAUUGUGCCAGUGAGUGACAGUCAUGAGGGAGUGUCUCUUCUUGGGGAGGAAAGAAGGUAGAGCCUUUCUGUCUGAAUGAAAGGCCAAGGCUACAGUACAGGGCCCCGCCCCAGCCAGGGUGUUAAUGCCCAUGCAGUGGAGGCCUCUGGCAGAUCCUGCAUUCCAAGGUCACUGGACUGUACGUUUUUAUGGUUGUGGGAAGGGUGGGUGGCUUUAGAAUUAAGGGCCUUGUAGGCUUUGGCAGGUAAGAGGGCCCAAGGUAAGAACGAGAGCCAACGGGCACAAGCAUUCUAUAUAUAAGUGGCUCAUUAGGUGUUUAUUUUGUUCUAUUUAAGAAUUUGUUUUAUUAAAUUAAUAUAAAAAUCUUUGUAAAUCUCUA